CCAGAUAAUGGGAGGAGCCCGGGCUGGCUGCGUUCUUUCCUUUCGCCUCCUCGGCCGCAGCCAUGAGUAUGCUCAGGCUUCAGAAGAGGCUCGCCUCCAGCGUGCUCCGCUGCGGCAAGAAGAAGGUCUGGUUGGACCCCAAUGAAACCAACGAGAUCGCUAAUGCCAACUCCCGCCAGCAGAUCCGGAAGCUGAUUAAGGAUGGGCUGAUUAUCCGCAAACCAGUGACCGUCCACUCCCGGGCUCGGUGCCGGAAGAACACCCUGGCACGCAGGAAAGGCAGGCACAUGGGCAUAGGGAAGCGUAAGGGUACAGCCAACGCUCGCAUGCCGGAGAAGGUGACUUGGAUGAGAAGGAUGCGGAUCCUGCGCCGCCUGCUCAGGAGAUACCGGGAGUCCAAGAAGAUUGACCGCCACAUGUACCACAGCCUGUACCUGAAGGUGAAGGGAAACGUGUUCAAAAAUAAGCGGAUCCUCAUGGAGCACAUCCACAAGCUGAAGGCCGACAAGGCCCGCAAGAAGCUCCUGGCUGACCAGGCCGAGGCCCGCAGGUCCAAGACCAAGGAAGCCCGCAAGCGCCGGGAAGAGCGCCUGCAGGCCAAGAAGGAGGAGAUCAUCAAGACCCUGUCCAAGGAGGAGGAGACCAAGAAGUAAAGCACCCCGUGUGUGUGUGUGUGUGUACAUAGUGGCCUCGGUGAGGGCUGUGGGUCAGCCAUCAAAAUAAAGCAUGUCCCUGUC